AUGCGGCGAUCUCGUUUGGAAAAAUCAUACAAAAAACGUCAUUUACACGCACGCGCGCACACACACACACGCAGUGCGCGAGGAGUAGUAGUAGUCGUUCAAGAACAGCAGUACAUGCUCCGAGGAGGCGCCGCUGGGGGAGCGUUUUCAUCCGUGGUCGUCUCGUUCUCUUCUCGGUCUUCGUUCUCCAGAUUUGUGCAUCAACGUCGACGCGUACGAGCGGGGAAGCACUUCGCGACGAAGACAUCGUCGGGUUUGAUGAGCGCGAACGCGAAUAACCACGGAGGCAGAUACCACGCGACUUCCUCGGACCAGUUUCAAACGCCGACUUUAAAGUUUGAUAAUUCCUCGAAAGCGUUUUCGGACGACGUUGGGAAAAAGCAAUUGUUCGACCGCUUAAGUUUUAUCGGGAAACCGAAAGCGUUGGAAACGUUGUUUCGAGAGGAUGAAACGCUCGCGAAAAACGUGGACGAGAAAACGAUGAAGUUGAUCGAGGCGUUCUUGGAAAGCGCGAAGAAAGAAAAAGCGUCCUCGACAGUCAUCCAAACUGGAACGAGGGAGAACGAGAAGAAGAAAACGGUCGUGCAAGAGAUUGCGAUUGGGGUGUUGCCGACGCAGGUGUCGAGGCACAACGACGCGAGCGGAGCGCACGGGUUGCAAGAGAUCGCGAAAGGGACGUGCGGGGACGGGAAGACGAGGAGAGUGGUGAUUGCGAGCGAGAACGAGAGCGAUUUUGGGAGCUUGGUGAACGCGUUGACGAGAGCGUUCCCGGUGUUUUCGAUGAAGAGCAAAGGGUCUUCCUCCUCCGAGAAGGAAGAGGAGACGAAGCCGGAACCGAUGGUGGUGGCGUUAAGCGGCGCGUCUGAAGCGACGUCGAAAAAAGCGAAAGCGAUCAGCGAAGCGGUUGAACUCGCGUGCCGCAUGGUGGAUACGCCACCGACGAGUAUGGAUCCGCAAGGGAUGGUCGACGAGGCUUUGGCCGCGGCGAAACGCGUUGGCGGGGUAAAGUCGCAAGUUUGGAGAGACAAAGAGUUGCGACGGGACGGGAUGGGAUGCAUCGCCGCUGUCGGCCAAUCAGCCUCCACGGACGGGAGAGAACCGGCAUUGAUUCGUUUGACGUUCGUUCCAAAAGGCGUGAAAGCGUUGGAGAGACCAAUUGCUUUGGUUGGUAAAGGCAUCUCGUUCGAUACCGGGGGGUUGUCCUUGAAAGUUGGCGGUUCGAUGCCGGGGAUGAAAGCCGAUAUGGGCGGCGCUGCGGCCAUGCUCGGGGCUUUUGAAGCGUUAGCGAAAUGUUCCACGGAAGGUACGAUCACUUUGAAGCAACCGUUAGAGUUAUUGAUGUGCGUUGCCGAAAACGCCAUCGGAUCUGGUGCCAUCCGCAACGACGACGUCAUCACGUCCUACGCCGGCAAAACGGUUGAAUUGAACAACACCGACGCCGAAGGUCGAUUGGUCUUAGCCGACGGCGUCUCGUACGCGUCCAAGACGUUGAACGCGACGCAUUUAAUCGACAUGGCUACCUUGACUGGUGCGCAAAUGGUCGCCACUGGCUCUAAAUUUUCCGGCAUCGUCUGUAACGACGACGACUUUGAAUUGUUAGCGGUGAAGUGCGGUAAAGUUUCCGGCGAUUUGGCGCAUCCGUUGCCGUUCGCGCCGGAGUUUUUCAACUCAGAAUUUGAUUCCAAAGUUGCGGACAUGAAGAACAGCGUGAAGAACAGAGCGAACGCGCAAUCGUCGUGCGCGGCACAGUUUGUGUACAACCACGUCGACGAUGAAUGGAAAGAGAAAGGCGGAAAGUGGCUGCACGUGGACAUGGCUGGACCGUCCACGCACGACAGCGGAAGAGGCACGGGCUACGGCGUCGGGUUGUUAGUCUCGCUUGUCGAAGAACUCAACAAGUGA